AUGUGGGUGUUUGGUUAUGGUUCACUGAUAUGGAAAGUGGACUUUCCAUAUGAACAGAAAGUUCCUGGGUACAUUCGUGGAUACUGCAGGCGCUUCUGGCAAGGCAGUGAGGACCAUCGAGGAGUGCCUGGGAAGCCAGGACGUGUUGCCACUCUGGUCCCCUCUGAAGAUGCCUCAGAGUUGGUAUGGGGAGUGGCCUACAAGAUACCAGCCUCUCAAGUAUCUACUGUAAGAAGCCACCUGGAUUACAGAGAAAAGGGAGGCUAUAAAGUGGCAGAGGUCACCUUUCAUCCGCAGGAUUCCGGGGAGAAGCCAUUUCCACUAACUCUCUACAUUGGGACAGAAGACAACCCAUUCUUCUUGGGACCUGCACCACUUGAAGACAUGGCCAAGCAGAUAUUCUAUUCUGUGGGACCUAGUGGUCGUAACAAGGAUUAUAUAUUCAAUUUAGCAAAAGCUCUGAGGCAAAUAGCACCUGAAGCCGAAGAUCAGCAUCUCUAUGGUUUAGAGCAGGAACUUCUACGAUUAGAAAAUGACCAAAAAUCAAGUGCUAUUCAAUGUCUUGAUACAUGUGAUUGUAAAUGUUUGAUUCUGUUUCAUGUUAUAUAUCUAGCAUUAAAACAACACUCAUAA